AUGUUUCCGGACCUGUCCAAUUUAUCAUAUGAGGAGCUGCUAGACAGGGGAGACAUACUGCUUAACGAAAUUGUUUUCACAAACGAAGAAGACAAUGGUUUCCGGGAGAAGUCGUUAGAGUUGAGAUAUGUUAGAAUGCUAGCAGGUGAUUACCAACGAGAGUCAAAGCUAAAUGAGCUACUUAACUUGAGAGAUAGGGUGACAAGAAGAAAGCUCUUCACACGUGAGGAUAAUAGGAAACUCACAAAGAUCAAGCUGUGGGCUAGGGAAAACGCAGGUAUUUUAUCAGCAUUAACAAUUUCUUCCAUUAGUGUGAUCAUAGGUUUGGUAGCUGCAACUAGACACAUACUAUGGAAAGUUGGUGACACAUCGAGGGGAAUCGAUAAACGUCUCAACAGGUUGGAGAAGGGACAACUGGAACUACCACCCAUCUUCAGUGGGAUAGCAGAGGGGUUAGAGUUGAUGGGUAACAACGUGUGGAUACUCGUCAUUUGUGCGGCAGCGGAUAUACUGUAUACCUAUCGCUAA